ACACAACCCAACACAAACCUAAUAGAAAUUCUCACAAAUCCACACAGCGUAGCCUCUCGUUCAAACCUUUCGAACAAGUUCAGAUCUUUCGAAAGCCUCUCUCUCUCUCUUAAUCUCAAGUUAUUUUAAGCUUCAGGCAUCUUCCAUAGAAAAAUUUCCAGCAUGGAAGCGGUGGGUGCCAUUGUCGGUGCACUAGCGGCAACAACUAGCGGGCUUCUCUGUAGUUGUGUCUGUUCUAAGGCCAACACCACUGUUAAUUUGCAUUCAAAUCUUGCUGCUGUUAAGGAGAAGAUGAAAAGCCUUACGGAUCGUAUAAAAGAAGUCAAACGUGAAACGGAAAAAGAGGAGAAAGAAGGAAACGAAAUCAGAGAUCAAGUCGUAACUUGGCUUGAAGACGUGGAAAGGCUUCAGCCUAGAGUCAAUGCAAUUCAAGGACAAAUGGUCGACAACAAAAAGCCUUCUCGAUGUUUCUUAAAUUGCAGAAAGCGGUAUAGAGUGAGCAGGGAGGUGGAAGAAACUCUGAAUGAGAUCAACAGGCUUCUUGAAGCUGGAAAUUUUGACUCUGGUGUGGCUUGUCGUACUAGAGUUCCCAGAGCAGUGGAGUGUAUUCCUGGACCUUCAAUUCAAGGUCAAACAACUGCAUUAAAAAAAUUAGACGAGACUAUGAGGGCAUUGUCUGCUGAUGGAGUCCAAGUGAUUGGCAUUUGGGGACUCGGAGGAGUUGGCAAGACUACUCUGGUGAAGAACUUGAACAAUAAGCUCGUGGAUGAUUCUACGCAGCCUUUUGGCAUCGUCAUUUGGGUCACCGUUUCCAAGAAUUUGGUCAUUAAAAAUAUCCAGACACAGAUAGUUGAGAGAUUGAAAUUGGAGAAAGUAAUGGAAGAAAGCGAGCAAAGAAAAGCUAUUCGGAUUUAUGAAAGGCUUAAGAAGGAGGAAAAAUUUCUACUCAUUCUAGAUGAUGUUUGGACGAAAAUUGAUUUAGACGCUUUGGGUGUCCCAAGGCCUGAAGUUCAUAAAGGCUGUAAGAUCAUAUUGACUUCUCGACGUAAGGAAGUCUGUAGGACUAUGACAACCAACCUUGAAAUCAAAAUAGAAGGUUUAAAUGAUGUUGAAGCUUGGCAAUUGUUCUGUCAAAAGGCAGGGGAUGUGGCUCAUCUAGAAGAUAUUAAACCAUUAGCAGAAGCAAUUGUAAAAGAAUGUUGCAGAUUACCACUAGCCAUCAUCAUUGUGGGAGCUGCCAUGAGAAAAAAGACAAAAGUCGAGUUGUGGAAGCAUGCAUUAAAGGAGUUGAAAAGAUCGGUGCCUUCUAUAGAAGGAAUUGAGGCUGAGGUCUAUAAGCCGUUGAAGUUGAGUUACGACUCAUUACAAGGUAACAACAUAAAAUCUUGUUUCUUAUAUUGCUGUCUAUUUCCCGAGGACUUCCCAAUUUUAAUAAGUGAAUUAGUACGAGACUGGCGGGCAGAAGGUUUGAUAGGUGAAGGACAGAAUUGGGGGGAUAUGGACGAAGGCAUUUCUUUGAUUGAAAAUCUGAAGGACUCUUGUUUGUUGGAAGAUGGUCCCUAUGGGAUUACUGUGAAGAUGCAUGACGUUGUUCGGGAUGUUGCUAAAUGGAUUUCAUCAUCGUCUGAGGAUGGGUGUAAAUCCCUUGUUCGUUCGGGGAUUGGGUUGAGGGAGAUUCCCGUUGGAGAGUUUUCAAAUUCAAAUUCUCUCAAUAGAGUUUCUUUCAUGGGUAACAACAUAACAAGGCUACCUGAUCGCAUGAUACAAUGUUCAAAGGCCUCGGUUCUGCUACUCCAAGACAAUGAUGCCCUUGACACGGUUCCUGAGAAAUUCCUGCAAGGAUUUGAAGCACUCAAGGUAUUGAAUCUCAGUGGAAACAGCAUCCGGUCGUUGCCUCAUUCUCUACUUCAACUUAGAGAUCUCCGUGUUCUUCGUCUUCGCCAUUGCAGUAAUCUUGAAGAACUACCCUCACUGGGAACGCUUACUAAACUUCGAGAACUUGAUCUUCAUGGCACGUGUAUCGCAAAUUUGCCAAGAUGGAUUGAAAACCUGAGUGAGCUAAGGGUUUUAAACUUAGAUGAGACUGAAAAACUGAAAAGCAUUCAACCUGGAAUUAUAUCCAAGUUGUCUUGUUUAGAAAGUCUAUCUAUGCUGAAUAGUGGCUUUCGUUUCCGUUUGAAGGGAGAGGAAGACGGACAGGCAACUUUUGAAGAGCUCAAAUCAUCCUUUAAUCGAUUACAUUACUUAAUCAUCUCAUUGAAUGGGAUCCCAUGGGAAAAAUCCGAAGAUCUUUCCUGGAUGAAUAGAAUGAGUCAUCUUGAACUUUUUUUUUACCAAUCGCCAGGAAGGAGGGGCCUGAUUAGAAUUGAUGAAACAAGGUUUGUAAUCGGGAAUCUUGAUCUUUCUCUCUUGAAAGAAUGGAUUGGGUGGUUCUGGGGUAAUACAAGUUCUUUGCAAUUAAGUGAAUGUACAGGACUGGAUGAAAUGCUUGAAGACUUCAUUAAAAGUGAUGCCAGCUUUGCUGGUUUAAAGUCACUCUUUAUUGAAAAUUGUCCAACCAGUUUAGUGCGGGGAGGAGGAUGUGCUGCCCGCUGUGACCUACUACCAAACCUGGAGGAACUUCAUCUCUUUAGUAUGGAAAACCUAAAUAGCUUUUCAGAGCUAGCUGGUCAUCUUGGGGUGAGAGUUCAUAGCCUAAAAUCAAUAGAAGUGCAAUUCUGUUCUGAGAUGAAAUAUGUUUUCUCCUGUGGUGACUUCAUUCAGACUCUGCCAAACCUAGAAGUAAUCAAGGUAUGGAAUUGUAAGAACUUAAAGGAGCUCUUUAAAAAUGAAUCAGGGCAGAGCAUAUCUCCAAAUCCUAUGGUUCCAAAACUACGGAUACUGCAAUUGAUGAACCUUCCGAAAUUGGAGACUCUUUGCAGAAACGAGGAGACAUGGCCGUGUCUGGAGCAGGUUGAAGUGUGGGGGUGCAAAGGUCUCAGAAGGCUGCCUUUUACUAACCAAAAUGCAGGUACCCUUGAAGAAAUAAUAGGAGAAUCAGAGUGGUGGGAUGCUUUGGAGUGGGAUGGCGACCAAACAAAAUCAAGUUUGCUGCCUUUUUUCAAUCCUUAUCAGUAGGGUGGCUUCGGUCAAGUAUGGGCUUUGGCCCAAAGUGGCCCUUUUGAUUGUGUUUGAAAAUUGAGUGAGUUAAGAGUUUGUUCAUUUUUGUAGUGUGAAAGAACCGAUCAGGUUUUUUUUUUUUUUUAAUUCAAGUUUGAGAGUAUGUUCAUUAUUAGAGUGAGUACACCAUUAUUGGAAAUUUGUAUUAAUUGAGUGUCAUGUUUGUGAGUUAAGAUUGAAAGAGUUUUGAGUUACCCAUGUUGGGUUUGAAAUUGUGAGAGAUUUAUAGAGUUUGAAGUUUGUAUCUAUAUCUUUCAUAAAUGGAUUU